AUGGCGAACACUCUACACAGUGGCACCAAAUGCCGAAUCCCUUUACGCGACCAAUCCCUGCCCUUCUCUCGCCAUGUUUCAAGAUCCCUCUCUUUCCUACCCAAAACACGUGCGGGAAAACAACCAAACAACACCUUCGCGGUAAAGGCUUCGCACUCUGACUUCCACGUUGACCCUUCGCUCAGUCCACGUGUCAAUGCCGUCAAGCCUUCCAAAACCGUCGCCAUCAGUGACCUUGCCACCGCCCUCGUCCAAGCCGGCGUUCCCGUCAUUCGCCUCGCCGCCGGCGAGCCCGAUUUCGACACGCCCGCUCCCAUCGCCGAGGCUGGGAUUAAUGCAAUUCGCGAAGGUUACACGAGGUACACGCCCAAUGCCGGAACCGGGGAACUGCGUCAAGCGAUUUGUCGUAAGCUGAAAGAGGAAAAUGGGAUUACUUACACUCCUGAUCAGGUUGUGGUUAGUAAUGGAGCCAAACAGAGUAUUGCUCAAGCAGUGCUUGCAGUUUGCUCCCCUGGAGAUGAGGUCAUUAUUCCAGCUCCAUUCUGGGUUAGUUACCCAGAAAUGGCAAGGUUGGCUGAUGCAACACCUGUGAUUCUUCCAACAUCCAUAUCUGAUAAUUUCCUUUUAGAUCCGAAAAUCCUUGAAUCCAAAAUUACUGAAAGAUCGAGACUGCUUAUUCUUUGCUCGCCAUCUAACCCAACAGGAUCUGUCUACCCUAAGGAAUUACUUGAAAAGAUAGCCCAGAUUGUUGCAAAGCACCCAAGGCUUCUGGUCCUCUCUGAUGAAAUUUAUGAACACAUCAUUUAUGCACCAGCAACUCACGUAAGCUUUGCAUCUUUACCGGGAAUGUGGGACAGAACUCUAACUGUAAAUGGAUUUUCUAAGGCCUUUGCAAUGACUGGUUGGCGGCUUGGUUAUAUUGCUGGUCCAAAACAUUUUGUUGCGGCAUGUGGAAAGAUCCAAAGUCAGUUCACUUCAGGGGCCAGCAGUAUUGCCCAGAAAGCUGCAGUUGCUGCAUUAGGACUAGGUUAUGCUGGUGGGGAGGCAGUUUCUACCAUGGUGAAAGCAUUUAGAGAGCGAAGGGAUUUCUUGGUAAAAAGUUUUAGAGAAAUAGAUGGUGUCAAGAUAUCCGAACCCCAGGGAGCAUUUUAUCUAUUCAUUGAUUUCAGCUUCUAUUAUGGAAGAGAAGCUGAAGGAUUCGGUAAAAUUGAGGACUCCGAGUCCCUCUGUCGAUAUCUACUGGAUGUGGGCCAGGUAGCCUUGGUGCCAGGGAGUGCAUUUGGAGAUGAUACUUGCAUCCGCAUCUCUUAUGCUGAAUCCAUUACUACUCUUCAGGCAGCUGUAGAAAGAAUUAAAAAAGCACUCGUCCCUCUGAGCUCUACCGCACUUGUUUAA